CGGGGCAGACAAACCCUACCGUUCCCUCAAACAGAAAAGAUAAACCCUACCGAAACCCUCGAAACAAUGGCCGCCGAAUCUAAAAUCCGCCCUGGAGAUGAGCUUCCCUCCGCAUCAUCCGAUGAGGACGCAACGUCUUCUGGUGAGGACGCAACAUCUUCUGGUGAGGACGCAACUUCUUCUGAUGAGGACGAAAAGGUUUCCAAGCAAGAAGAACAAAUUGUUCAACCACAGCAACCUGAAUCAGAAUCCGAAUACAGCUCUUCCUCUGAGGAAGAGGACGAGGAAAAAGCUCCCCAAGCGCCUCCAGUCGUGAAUCCAACCCUUGGCCAGAAACCUCAAUCCUCUUCCGAAUCCUCUGACGAGGAAUCCGAUUCUGAUUCGGAUUCCCUGGAAUGUCAACCUUUACCAUCCGCAUCUGGCUUCACCACGCUGCCCCAUGUCACUUCCUCCCAAAAGGUUCCUGAAUCUUCGAUGCCACCACCUGGAAAGCGUGCUUUGGAUGCCGAAGAGGAAGAAUCAAAGAAGUCAAAGAAGAGCAAAUAUGCGGAAGAAGACCUCUCUACUGAGGGAAUGGAGUCUGCAGAUGACCAGGUCUCGAAUGACGAUAAUCAGAUUGCAUCUGUCAUAGGUGGGAUUGUGAAAAGUCUAGGCAAUGACAACAACAUUACAGAUACACCAAAUGCAGUGGAAAUUUAUGGACAAGCUGGUCUCAAGGGAAAUGAUGAACAAACUGCUCAGGUUGAAAAGGUUAAGAAUGUUGAGCCCAAAUACCCUCACUUUUUCAAGUGUAUCAACAAGGAGUACUAUCCAAUGUUUGCGGAUGCCGCAUUGGAUAUGAUCAAGGAAAAGGUGAAUCUGAUGGAGAGUUCCAAGGUUGCAGAGAUGGAGGAGAAAUGGUCCAAGGUGUGGGAAGAACAGCUUGAAAUCUGUGCGAAGGCAGCAGACUUGGUAGCUCUACAGACUAGGCUUGUGCAUGAGGCUAUGAAGAAGUGACUAUGAAGAUGUAAGCGCUGUUUGGUUAUGUUUUUUGUCUAGUAUUCUUUUUGCACAAUUGAAAUUUAAACGCUAAUUUGGACAACACAGGGCAACAUUCAAGUUUGAAUUUUCAUUCUAGUAUUAAAAUGUAUCUCUCCCUUCAAAGUAUGUACUUGGGGCGGUUAAGGUGUUUGAGAAUAUGUCUGCAAGACUAUCUCAUUGAGCUUAAAACAGGUCCCGUUUUUGUUUUUUUGUUGUUGGGAGGUUAAAAUAGGCUUAGAGAGCUUUAACUGAAUGCAUUGUUUGGAUUGCUACCAAGUGACUGCUAAAAUGUUACAUUGAUAAAUGAAUCAAUAGACUUCAUUUGAUUAGAGUAUACUGGCAAUAUAACUAUGUGAAUAUAUGAG